CCAUCAUUCCUCCGCGUCCAUUCAUUUCAGCUUGUUUCUCUGCAGACCCUAGUUCAAAAGGAGUUGAUGGCGUCGCCGGCUACCGCAGCAGUCCACGGCAGCAAAGGUUUCUCAUGCUUGUAUUCUUCGCCUGCAAGAACCAAUGCGAAAACACUGUAUCCAUCUUCUUCCUCAGCCCUUGUAAUUCAAUCCAUGGCUACCCAGAAACCCUUACCAUCUUCUGCCAAAACAAUCGGCUCCAAAAAGGGCUCAACUGUGUUUCCCCUAGGAGAACCAGGACCUCGGAGCAGCCAAUUGGCUGGUGGUCCGCCAGUGAAGCUGCUGACAAGAGUAGAGCAACUGAAACUACUAACCAAAGCAGAGAAGGCUGGAUUGCUAUCAGCUGCUGAGAAAUUUGGGCUGUCUCUGUCAACAAUAGAGAAACUUGGUCUCCUCUCCAAGGCAGAAGAACUGGGAGUAUUAUCUGCAGCAACAGACCCUGGAACUCCAGCAGCACUACAGAGUCUGAGCUUGGGGUUACUGCUUCUGGGUCCUUCGUGUGUGUAUCUUGUGCCUGAGGACAAUGCUUGGGAGAUUGUCCUGCAGGUGGUGGUGGCUUUGGUUUGUGUAGCUGGUGGUUCUGCAGCGUUUGCUGCAUCGAGCUUUGUAUCCAACUUGCAGAAAUCAAAUUAAUUUGUUCAUAUAACCUGUUGUAAUUUUCAUCUUUGAUCUAUUGCAAGUGUGAUUUUGGCUCAAGCUGGAACUCGAAAUUAAGCUACAUAAACAAGCCAAGCUCUG